GUAUGUUAUAUGAUGUUUCCUAAUACUGCUCUCGUUGUUAAUCCCUUGAUGUGUUCUACCAAGUUAAUGAAUCAAGCCAUUGAUUUAAACCCUUAAGUUGCCUAACUCUACUGGUCUCGCUCAAGUCAACACCAAUCUCUUCGAUUUCACUGAUUUUCUCUUUAUUGAUUGAUUUUUGUGUAAUUCUUGGUUAAUUGUUUAAUUUAGGGCCUGUGGAUCUUCUACGUUUAAAUUUUCGACUUGUAGGUUAAACGAUAGAAGUCUUAGUUUUCUAAGUACUUCCAUGAGCUUAAUUUGUUUUGUGAUUUGCUCUAAUUUUUUAAUUCUAUUUGCAAUGUUGUUUGCUAUCUGGUAAACCUUGUUAAGAGCAUGAGUCUGUGUUGUUAUGGCUGGAUGGGUUGCUUUGUAGAUAAUAAAGGUAUGGAUGCUGAAAAUAUGGUCAUUAUUUUUAUCAGUUAAUUAUCUCUAAAGUUUUAAUUCUCGUUUGCAAUUUUGUAUUGACUAUUUAAUUUUGAUUCUGCUACUCUUCAUGUUCAUUUAAAAAAAAAAAAAUUGGGGAGAGUUCAAAAUUAAUUUGUUAAAAAGUAAACCGGAAUGCCUCCUUAAUCUACUUGUAACUUUUAUUUCCAGAGAGUUCAAAAUUAAGAAUGAAGUAUAGCCUGGUGCUUUUGGGUAGGCGUCAAAUUCAGAUAUUAGACUCAUCUUAAUCAUAUGUAAUACUCCUCUUAUUUUGUUAUCAUACACUAGCUUAUUCUGUAUUUUUAUGGCUAAUUACUUAUUGAGAAAUGUAUUAAACAAGCACGAAAACAAGGCUGAUGAAGGCACUGAACCUACUUCUUUCUUUUGUACUUACCCUAAGGCCAAUACUGAGAUCAGUGUUGGCUUCCAAGUACCCACACACAAUUAGAUGUGACUGAACCUAUUGCUUUUGCAGUUUUGCCGACCACUUGGGUAACAUCUUUUGGGGCCUAAGGGAUAAUCUUUUUAAUAAUGAGCAGCAUUAGGAAAACAAGAGUUUGGCCAAAACUUGUAUUGCUUACAAGUAAGCAAACAUCUUCAAGUUUAUAAAUUCACAAAAUAAGCAUUAAUCUUUUGUAGACAGGAAAUCAAUUAAAUUUCAGGAACAUUUCUGCAACUGUUCUGAUUUAGACAGGUAUGAUUAUUGAUCUGUUUAAAUCUAGGUGCAUUGCUAACUUUGAAGUUGUAGAAUUACAGUAGAAAUCAUAGAGUUUGGGGGGGUAGAAAUUGACUAUUCUGGAUAAGUUGGUUUGUGUUAAUACCUACACCUCUCAGAAGAAUCCCCCCCCCCCCCCCCCCCCCCAAUAUUCUAUGCCAAUUUAUAAAACAUGACAAUCUGCCUAUUAGCUCUUUUCAAGGAAUGCAAUUUUCUCAUCUCUGUGAGCCAUAGCCCAAAAGUAUUAAACUAGUUGUCUAAAUCUCUUUCUUGAGCAACCGAAGAUCUUUAUAAAAGGGGAGAUAAGAAAUUAUUACAAUCUGCAUACUUAAACAUAAUACUUUACAUACUAUGAAAGUUUGCUAAAUUUAAGGUAUAGCGCUCAACCUUUUGGUAUUUUUUACUUAAAUCUGAAUCUCGAUUGCUGGUAUGCUUGAGUGGAGUUGUGGACAGGUGUCAAGUCGCUUGAAUGCCCUAGGGUACGUUCAUAUCUCUCUUCCUAACUGAUCUCAAUAAUUACUUUUAUGCUCCAGAUAUCAUAUGAUUAUUCGAUACAUAAUCUUUAAUUCCUCUAGCUUCCCAGGCAUAAUAAAUUAUGCUUGAUACCUUCCCAUGCCUGUUCAUUUUACCUAAUACUCUUUGCGAUGAAUCUGGGUUUAAUUCAGCUAGCUUUCGAGGCCUGCGAUUAUGCUUGUUAACUUAUCAUGCUUGUUCAUUCCCAGAUACACUUGGGAAUAAAUCCAGGUUUUAAGAUGAUGACUUCGCACCAAUUAAUUCUAACUUUUUAUCAUCUAGGUGAUGUAAAGGUUUGUUGCAGCCAACCCAGAGCAAUUUUGAUGAGUGAACUAAUGCAGAAAACAAACAACCAUUACAAAAUAAGGGUGGCUUCUACUGUCGAUGUUGUUUUCCUAUCAUAUCCUAAUGCAUUGCAUCUUCUUGGUGCUUUUCCAUAUGCAAUGAAGCAAUUUGGGCUCUCCGCACCAGUGUAUGCAACAGAGCCAGUCUACAGACUGGGUCUUCUGACUAUGUAUGAUCACUAUAUUUCACACAAGAUCGUCCAACGUGAUAAGGAGCAACAUACGAAGCUUUUGAAAGGAGAAGGAAAGGGAUUUAAACAAUGAGAAUGAAGGCCAAGAUACUUGAGCUUAUAAGCUACUACCUCCAUUAGAUCCUAGUUUUUCUAGGCUUUAGUUCUUUCGGAUUAGAAGAUACAAUUAAUUUUUUAGUAACAUCUAUGUACUAUGGAUAUAUUAUGGUUAAUUAGUAAAAUUUUCAUGUCCUAUGGAUUUUAAUGUA